AUGGCGUCUGGGAACUCUCGCCUGAGGAGUUUCAAGAAAGAGAAGGCUGCGAGCCGUUUUUCUAUUUAUGAGCGCCGUUUCCCUCACCGCGGGAGGAGGGACUCCUUCGUGUAUUUAUCACCUCUGCUGCUCUCAGUGACUGUCGCUCUCGCUCUGUGCAGUCCUGCUCGCGUUGCUGCAGUGCGCCUCCCCGGGUCCAUGGGCAAACACAGCCAUUCCUCGGGUAUUAUGCGGGACGAAUGGCGUGCUGCUGCUGGCGGUGGUGCUGCUGUCUCUGUCACUCCUGCUGCUGGUGCAGAUGCUUCGUUUGGUGAUGCUGCUGCUGAUUCCUCUGGGGCAAUUGCCCCUGUGGUUGGUGAGUUCCCCGUGCCUGGUGAUGGACCGUACAAGAGGGAGGAGCCGCUUCCGAGCUUCAUUCUCCAUCAGAGCGGCUAUGCAAGGGCAGAAGGCGGAGAUCUCUCAGCGUCAGGCGGAGAGGAACCCGCAGCAGGCGCAGACGAGUCAGCAGCACAAGGCGCAGAAGAGGCAUCAGCAGCAGACGCACCCGCACCUCUUCCAGAGGACGAGGAAAUGGCCCCAGCUUCAGAAGCAGCCGAAGAAUCGGCAGCAGAGGAGGCAGCAGCAGCUGGCGAUAUUUCUACCUCCUCUGCCGGGCUCCUCCAGCUCACCCCCCAGGGCCUGCUGUCGUCCCUGAGGUGUCUUUUCUCCAGGAGCGACGCUGCGUGCACACUGGCGAAUGCGGACAAGGGGAAGGCGAAGCCCGUGUAUAGGGUGGAGGCUGCCGCUCCUAGCGAUGGGUUCGUGCGGCGGGUGGGGCGGCAGCUGUGGCUGCGGGGCAAGCCGUUCUACGUGAACGGGUGGAACACGUACUGGCUCAUGUAUAUUGCGAGCAUUCCAGAGAAGAAGUAUCUGGUGAACCAGGCGUUGACCCAGGGGCGCAGCAUGGGCCUCACAGUGUGUCGCACGGGGGCGUUCUAUGACGGCCCGGGCUGGCAUGCUCUGCAGACCAGACCCGGGGUGUUUGACGAAAACACAUUCAAGGCUCUAGACUAUGUGCUUUUCACGGCCAAGAGGUUUGGAGUGCGGUUGCACAUGGUGCUGAAUGGUAACUGGGACGACUAUGGCGGCAAGAACCAGUACAUCAAGUGGAGCGCUGCUGCUGGGGGCACCCCUCCUGCUGACGACACAGCUUUCUUUGUCGACCCUCUCUGCCGAACGUUCUACAAAAACUUUAUCAAGGCUGUAAUCAUGAGGCGCAACACGCUCACGGGCCAGCUGUACCGCGACGAUCCCACCAUCUUCGGCUGGGAGCUCAUGAACGAACCCCGGGUCUAUGCAGACCCCUCAGGGGACGUCCUUCAGGCGUGGAUCACGGACAUGGCAUCGUAUCUCAAGUCGCUGGACCCCAACCACCUGCUCUCCAUCGGCUCAGAGGGCUUCUACGGCCCCUCCACACCGGAGCGAGCCAAGGCGCUCAACGCGGAGUGGUACAUGAUGAACGUGGGGACGGACUUUGUGCGCAACAACAAGGUCCCGGGGAUUGACAUUGCCUCGGUGCACGCGUAUGCGAACUACAGGUACUCUGUGUCAGCAUGGAGUGACAAGUUGGCAUACUUCAAGAACUUUGUGAAGGGGCACUUGGAGGAUGGGGAUGGGGUGCUCAACAUGCCUGUGCUCAUCGGCGAGUUUGGCCCCGAGAGCAUCAAGAAGCUUCCGGACGGCAGCAUGGCGCGGCGCAACGAGGUGUACAGCACGCUGUACCAGAUUGUGCUGGAGUCGGUUAAAAAGGGAGGCUCAGCUGGCGCCACCUUGUUCUGGCAGAUCAAGGCUGACGACCUGCGCUCGUGGGAUGAUGGCAAGGGGCGGUGGCAUGGCAGUAAGACGCCUGAGCAUUUAUCUUUCCCUCCUCACCUGCCUCUCCCGUUCUCCCUCCAUCUCCCCUCGCUCCCUGCACCAGCCACCAUGUUGUGGCAGAUCAUGGCUGACGACCUCCGCUCAUGGGAUGAUGGCAAGGGGCAAUGGCAUAGCAGUCAGACGCCUGAGCAUUUACCUUUUUCUCCUUCCCCCUCCUCUCUAUUUCUCCCUGCACCAGCCACCAUGUUCUGGCAGAUCAUGGCUGACGACCUGCGCUCGUGGGAUGAUGGCAUUGCGGUCUUCGCAUCGGACCCUGCACAUGCCAAGACAGUGAGCAUCAUAUCGGCGCAGUCCAAGGCGAUUGCUGCUGCCACAAAGAGUUUAGGAUGA